AUGAUUCUGGCUGAUUUUAAAGGAGACCUCAUUCAUGCUACUAUUAAGAAGCAGCAAUUCAACAAACGCCAAAGACUUAUUGUUUUUGGUGAUUGGCGAAUUAUCGAGAACUUUCAGCUGUCAAGAUCAACAGGGAAGUUCCGGGCAACAAAGCAUCAAUACAGAAUGACCAUCAUGAAUUCCACCAUCAUAAGCCGAUGUGAUUUUGUUUCAAAUGAUUUUUAUUUGGAUCUAGCUUCUUUCGAUAACAUACUCGCUGAUGAUGGUUUGAAUGAAAACAUUCUAAUUGAUGUUGUUGGACAGGUUGUUUCGUCUGGAGAAAUAAAAACCUCAGAGCUUAAUGACAAACCCCAAAAAGAGGUUAGAGGUCAUCCUUCGAGAUACAAGACAAAAUGUGGACAACAUGUCAUGAGGCAAAUGAGGGUUCUUAAUGAUGUCUAUCUAAUAUUUGUAGGAGAAAGAACCAUUUCAAAUGCCUUUGAUAUGUCGUUGCUGCUAAUCAAUGCUGAAGACUACCCUACUGUUCAAGAUUUUGUCAUCAAGCUUCCACAAGAUGAUUUGAAGAUUACUUUCGGUGAAAGGAAUUGUGAUUGUCUAAAGCCUAAACAUGAGGUUGAUGAUUACAUCAACCAGUUCCCACGAAGUUCUAUACCAGAUCUUCUUGAAGCUCAGAUGGAGGGGAAAUUCAAAAUCUAUUGUAGUAUCUACCACAUCGAUAUGGAGUUUGGGUGGUAUUACUUUACGUGUGUUAAGUGUAAGGGAACAUGUUUGAGGAUCAAGGAAAUGUUUAUUGACCCUUUGGUUAUUGAUUUGGCCUAUGCUAGGUAUAAACUCGUGCUUGAUGUCAUGGAUAGCUCUGGUGAGUCAAAGUUUAUUCUUUUUGACAACAAUGCUAUCAAGAUAGUCAAUCAAACUACUACAGAUGUACUUGGGGGUCAAUAUGAUAAGAUUCAGGAUCCUACUAUUGUGCCACCUGCUUUGCAAGCUUUGGUUGGAAAGUCAUUCUUAUUCCUAGCUUCUGUUGAAACCGCUAACAUUGUUAAUGGUAAAGAGACUUAUAAGAAUGAUCCUAUGGAUAUGAUCUCUAAUGAAGUUCAGGAUCAGACGAAUAGCAAUGUUAUUGGGACAUCUGUGACCACACCCUCAUCGAAACGUAAAGAGGAUUCGAAUGAUGAUGCCACAACACAAUCUUCAACAUCAAAGAAGCAGUGUCUACCAUCAAUCAAUCAGGCAAUAGAAGAAGCAAAGGAAAAGAUUCAAGGAGAGGAGGAAAAGAUUCAAGGAGAGGAGGAAAAGAUUCAAGGAGAGGAAGACAAGAUUCAAGGAAAGGAAUACGCGAGGCCUUAA